GUGUAAUGUGCACUUUGGCGGUGGUCGUUCCCGUGUCAUUUUAACAGUUUUGAUAGCGCAUUAGUUAGCGUUUGUAUGCAGCUUCAUCUAGGUCUAGAAAUCGUCGCAUCGAAUCAGUUGUGUGUGUGUGUGUGUUUCAACACUGUUUGGAACUGGACGUCGGGCGCCGCAUAUACAUUCCUCGUGUGUUAUAGUCACGUGACCAGCUGGACUAAACUAGGUCGGUUCAUAUCAAUAGAUCGAUUUCUCAUGGUUUCGUUUCAAUGGAUGUAUACACGCAAGAGUCUGUUGUGAUUUAGAUCUAGAGGUCUGUAUUAUAUAGACGUGUAGUAUCUAGAUCUACCAGCACCGUUUGGUUUACAACUGGAAACAACAACAAUCUAUCUAGAUGAUACGGAUCUAACAUCUGUGUUGCUUUUACGUAUCCGCGACUGACUUGUGCCAUUGUGUGUCCACUUGCUUGUCAAUAGACUACAUCUGCUGCUGGUCGUGUGUUUAUUUCUCUUUGGAUUAUAGACUCAAAGUCUAGAUUUUUAGAUCUUUUAAACAUCCUCUGCAGACCAGUGAAGGAUGGACUAUGGCUAUUAAAUAGGACUAAGUGUUCCUAUAUUCCAUACAUUCAAAUUUGUAGAUCUAGAUUUAGAUCUAGUCUAAUUGACGAGAGUUUGACAAUCGAGGGACUUCUAUUUCUGAUUUUAUCAGAGAUAAGAAAGACAUGGAAGACAUCCAUGAUGACCCGUAUGGUCACAGGUUUGCACCACCCCACCCGUAUUACAGUGGGGGCAGUGGAGGUGGGGGAGGCUACGAUGGCAACAUGAGGGGCAACACAUCCUUUGACAGACACAGUGAGCACUCAAUACACAGUGAUAGAAACAGAGGGGUGAAAAACUACUCGGAUAUUCCAAAUGGAGCACCUUAUGGUAGCAGCAAUAACGUAUACAGGUCAGACCCACAGAUGAGGGCGUCGCCACAACCAGCUAGGUCUUUAACACCGGUUGAUUACGCCCCUUCCAGUGUAGAUGGCGGUGAUGGGGAGGGGCAGGGCCACUAUGAGCGGGAGUCACCGUACCACAAUCUUCCCCCCUACCAAGAUUAUUACGAGGACAGAGAGGACUCUUACAUUCCCGAGGACAAUGAAAAUUUCAAUGGUGCUGAUCCCCGCUCUAGUGACUAUUCACAAGCCCCUCCACAUUACACAGAUGAUGAUAUGCAUGCCGCCUAUGGGCAAAGAGAUGGUUCUUAUGCUGGCAGCCGAGGAAGUUUCCAGGGUCCUCCAGGUUCUGAACCUCAUUUGAGUGGCAACUAUGUUGACCAUUAUGGUGAUAACUCUGACCUCCAUCAAUAUCCAGACACUUCGCUUCGAUACAAUGGUGGUGUGCACUACCCUGAAGACACUUAUGGGAGAAAACCUGACGAUUAUAUAAACCAACACUAUGUUGAGCAGCAUGCUGGUGGUCAGACAAUUUAUAGUGAUCAGGACGAACAUGGUUAUCAUGAAGAUCUUGAACCACCAAGACCCGAGGAUUAUCGGGAAAUUCACAACAGAUCUAAAGGUCCCCACGAGGAUCCCUACAGUGACUCUUUCCAUCCACAGCAUCCCAACAGUUCUUUUCAUGACCCACGCCAUGACUCAUACCAGGGUCAAUACGACCCCUCAUCUCAGCAUCAGCAGCAUGACCCCUACCUUGAUCAUGACAGAUACUCUGAUGUCCCAGGGGAGCGCCGCAGCUUUGAUCAACCUGGAGGCCCUGCCUACCACCACAAUAACUCUUUCCAUGAUAACCCUAACAUGCAGGAUAGAUACGUGGAAGACCAGCAGCAGAGGCGGUUUGAGGGGUUACCUCAAGUUCGGCAAGAUCCCUUCGCAGAUGACCCUUUCCAUGAGCAAAACAGCCGAGAGAUGCACAGACAGGAAGACCUGUACUAUAGAGGUCAAUCCCCGACUGGAGGUAGUGACAUUUACUGUACACAUUUUUACGGCCACGAACAACCACCUUAUGAUGACAGGGGUCCUCCAUUUGAUGACAGAGGUCCACCUUAUGAUGAUCGGGGUCUUGGUUAUGACGAAAGAGAUGGUCCUGAUCCUUAUGGAGAGAAUGCACCUAGAUAUCCUGAUGACUACCAACAGGACAACACCUAUUAUUCUGAAAGGGAUGCUUCUAGACACUUAGAACAGCUACAUUUAACGGCUGCUGAAGAUGGUCCCAGAACACCUUCAAUAGAUGGAAGAAAUAUGUCCUUGCGUGAACCUGAUCUACAAGAAGUAAUAGACUUUUUAAGUUCCCCCGACAAUAGUGUGAAAGCUAGUGCUGCUGCUCAUUUACAACACUUAGUGUACAAGGAAGAUGGGCUGAAAGCAAAAACAAGGAGUCUGGAUGGCAUUAGACCAUUGAUACGUCUGUUGGGCCAUGAGCUAGUUGAAGUUCAUAAAAAUGCAUGUGGUGCACUGCAAAAUCUCUCUUAUGGAAAAAACAAUACAGAAAAUAAGAAAGCAAUUAAAAAUGAAAACGGCAUUCCAGAGUUAAUUAGGCUUUUGAGAAAAACAGAUCAGGAUGACGUGAAAGAAUCUGUGACAGGUGUCUUGUGGAAUCUUUCUUCAUGUGAGGAUUUGAAGCAGUCCAUAAUAGAUGAUGGACUGGUAGUGUUGGUCAACUAUGUUAUUUUAAAGUGUGUCAGCAGGAGUCCUGUCAAUCCCACAACAAGUGAGCUUCCUUGGACAACAGUCAAUCGUAACACUACAGGAAUUUUAAGGAAUGUGAGUUCUGCAGGUUUUAGUGCCCGUAAAAGGUUGAGAGAGUGUGAUGGUUUGGUCAAUGCUCUGAUAAGCAUCUUGAAAUUAGCAGCAGACAAUACAGCAACCAAUGACAUAGAUAAUAAAGUGGUAGAGAACACAGUGUGUAUAUUGCGUAAUCUUUCAUAUAGAAUACAAGAAGUAGUAGAUCCUGAUUUCUUCAAGAAUAGAAGUUUGCCAAGACAACAGAACCAAACAGGAAAAGGCAAAUCUGGUAAAGCUGGAGACAGUAAUGCUGGUUGUUUUGGGAACAAGUCUGCCAAAGCAAAGGCUGCACAGAACAGUAGGCCAGGAAAUCAGCCAAGCAGUGCCCCUCCUCAGUUGCCACCAGCUUCCAUUAACUAUAGAGCACUGUGGGGUCCAGAGAUUCACUCCUUGUAUUCUGCUGUCUUAAAACGUUGCACCAAUCCCAUCACUAUGGAAGCAGCUGCCGGGGCUAUUCAAAAUUUAACAGCUUGUGAUUGGCAGCCUGCAGUUGAAAGCAGGGCCAUGGUUAGGAAAGAGAAAGGUCUUCCUUUGUUGGUAGAUUUGUUAUCUGCUGAGAGUGACAGAGUUGUUUGUGCUACAGCUACUGCUUUGAGAAACUUGGCUAUUGAUGACAAAAAUAAAGAAUUAGUAGGUAAAUACGCCAUAAGACAGCUUGUCAGUCAACUUCCCCGUGAUAAUCGAAGUACCCAGCCAGAUGACACAAUCUGUGCUGUAAUUGCUACUCUCUACGAAGUAGUGAAAGAUAACCAGGAUUUUGCCUUAGCUCUAGUCCAAGAAGAUGGUCUUACUCGGUUGAUGCAUAUCAAUACUUCUGAUGGAAGAUACCUUGCCAGAACAUUAAAAUUUGCAUUAACACUUUUAAAAACCUUGUGGAAUUACAAAGCAUUGCACCAGAUGUACACUAAGAAGUACACAGCAGCAGAUUUUACCACUUCUAAGGCCAGGCCAAGGCUCGAUGGUUCAAAGUUCCAAGAUUUAUCUAAAACCCCUACCACUGGCAGUAACCACACUACACCCUACAACACACUUAGUCGGCCAAUGUCUGGUCAAGGCUAUGAUGAUAGCACCCUAACGCCAGCGAGGGCCCAGCAGCGAGGUUACUAUAGUGAACAGCAGGCUCAAAACGAUUUCAGAAACAUGAGCAGAAGCAAUAUGUCAUUACAGGAUAAAGAUCCACACAACUAUCCUCGAGAUGUAAUCCUUUUACAAGAUAUGACCCCCAAUGAUAUUAGUCCAGGCUAUGCUCCUCUUGAUGAGCCUCGUCCACACAGAACUAAACCACCAGUUGGAGGUGUUCCAUUGUUUCCUAACUUGACACCUGCGGAACCUCCUUCUCCCAUGUAUGGCAGUGAUCCUCAAGCUAUGUCAGAACCAUUAUAUGCCCAGGUGAAUAAAGGAAGCAGUCAGCGUCGAAACGACCCUUACUUGGGAUCGUCUGGUGGCUUACAUCAGAGCAGUGGCGGGGUAGGAGGAGCAGAUUCAUGGGUGUAACAACUAAUGCUACAUGUUGCUCAUUAUUAAGUAUUGUAGAAAGAUAAACACUUAACUUGUUUCAAAGAAUAGACAGAGUUUUGGCUUAAUGCCUUGUGUACUUAAAUCUGUUAACUAGGUUAAGCUGAAAGAGAGACAAAAAGUUUUAAAGGCUCCUGGAUGUUAUAUUUUGUUUUGUUUUUGAUAACCAUUUGUUUAUUCAAAGCAAGACAUUUGGACAAUGUUCUUUUAUUUCAUGCAAGGAACUAUAAAGACAAUGAAUAAUAAUAAGACUACUUAGUAACAAUGUAUUUCUAUUCUCUCUCUCUCUCUCCAUAUAUAUAUAUAUAUAUAGAUAUGCAACUUGGUUAGUGAUGAAUGCAAGAUGAUAGUGAGUGCUGAAUGAAUAUUUAAUAGAAUGAAUGCUCUUCAUUUAAACUUGUGAUUUUUUAUAUGACAUCUUAGCCACCUAAAUAUAUCCUUGAGUUUCUUCUCACAAAUUGGAAACUUAGCAUUCUAUAACAGUGUACAUUCUGAGAAACUUUUUAUCAUGUGUACAUACUUCACCAAGAACUUGGCUCUAACCAUGAUACAGUUUAGACUGACAGAAAACAAUGACUGAAUCAUAGUUUUUUUUUUUAUCUGAUAUAAUAUUCUAACACUUUUUUAAUAGUCAGCCUUUAUACUUGCUUCAUAUUUUAGAGUAGGAUAGAUCUUUUUAUUGUUUAACUUGAAGGUUUCUGUUGGAUUUAAUCACUAGGGUACAGUGUUAUAGAGAUACAUUUUGAAAUUAUGGUUAUUUAAACUGUAUUUGGUAAAAUUGUAAUCAAAAGAUGUUUUUUUCCUCUCAGCUUGUUUUAUUUGUAUUGCUAGAAAUGAUGUUCACACUUUGGACAUAAAAACUUUAUAUUGUACAUAUCAAGAUAAAAUAAUAAAUUUAAAGGAUAAAAGAA